AUGGUCCCAGAAGAGUUCAACAUUCCUGCUAUGGUUCUGUCAUUUGAUACAGGGGCUUUGAUUAGAGAACAUGUAACAAAGGUCAGCGCAACUCAAGUUAAGAGCCUGACUUUUGUGCACACAAAGUUUGGUGCAAAACCAGCACCACAAGUGGCCCAUUUCUCUUCAAGAGGACUGGACCAAAUCAAUCCAAGUAUUCUAAAACCAGAAAUUAUUGCUCCGGGGGUUGAUGUGCUGGCUGCAUUUCCACCUAACAAGAAAUACAUAUUUAGCGGACAUCAAUGGCAGCACCCCAUGUUGCUGGAGUGGGCAGCCUUGCUGAAAGCUGUUCACCGAGAAUGGAGCCCUGCAGCCAUCCGAUCAGCGAUCAUGACCACAGCAUACACAGAUGACAAUACUCACACCACCAUCAAAGACAAAGGGGUAGUCUUCCCGCCACGCCCUUAG